CUAGAGUCUUUGAAGACUAUACCAAGGGUAUAAAGUUCUUGCAGUUCGUCUCCCGCUCGUUUCGUUUCUUCUCCCUCCAAAUUCGGAAUCAUCAAUCGAUUAACCGCCUCCCAUUCUACAACUUCGUAACUGCCGUAAAACCGCCGCACUUCUUAACUGCCGUCCCGUACUAUAUAAUUGAUAGGAGGUUGAAGUUUUUUCUUGCGAGAGGAAGUUGGUGAAUUGCGAAAUCUCAGGAUGGUCUUCAAAAAGGGUCACACCGGAUCAAAUAAGCAAUGGAAAUUUGCAAUGAAUGAAGUUUUUAAGGAUAAACCUCCCCAGGUACCCGGCACUAGUAACCGUAAGAAGUAUGUGGAACCGGAAAUUGAUGAAGAUGAUGAAGAGUACGAGGAAGAUCUCGUUGGAUCAGGGGAUGAUAGUGAAGAUACACCAUAUGAAGAGGAGGGUGAGGAGUUAGAGGACGAAGAAGAAGACGACGACGAAGAGUAUGUAGAUGAGGAUGAGGAUGAGGGGGAAAAUGAUGUUGGUGUAAAGUGUAAGUUGAAAAAUCAGGGCAGGAAAACGGGUAAUGCUAAAGGAAGGCGUCCUGUUGUUGUAGAGGAGGAUGAUGAGUUUUAUGAUGAUCUUGAAGUUGAUGCUCGUGCUAAGUUGAAGAUGAAAGAGCGCAGUAGGAAGUAUGCUAAGAGCAGGCGUUUAGUUAAUGAUGUAGAGGAUGAAGGAAAUGAUGAUGAAGAGGAUGACGAGGAAGAUGGAGAAGCUGAUGUCCGUAGAGUGGGGAAGAAGCAUCCGAAGCAUGUAGGCCAAAAUGUUAGGCGGUAUCCAGAAGAUGAACAACAUGGGUUGAGGAAGAAACAUUUGAAGGUGAUUAGGAAGAGGCGUCGUGGGGAUACUGAUGACGAGGAAGAACAGGGGAAGCCUGUGAAGAAGAAGUUGUUGCUGAAGAAAAAGGUUGGUAAGAUUGUUGAUAAAGAGCGUAGAAAAGGAAAGUCUCCUCUUAAAGAUAAGGGAAUGACUAAGAGAGGCAAGAAUAGGAGAGUGUUUCUGCGGGUUCCAAUCCCCCAACAUCCAAUAUCUAGGGGUGAAUAUGCCAAGUGUCAUGAUGUUGUAGUUGCUACCCAAAGGGCUAAUUGCGAUCGCAAGCAACCGAGUGUUAUAUGCCGCACUGAUGCUUUCUCAAAGAUCAUUGCUGGAUUUGAUGACUCUAGAAGAGCCUGUGUGCAAAAAAUGGGGUUUGGAGGAUUGUUGGAGUUGAAAAUAUCCAAGCUUCCGAGGCAGCUUUGUUAUUGGCUGAUGACCAGAUUGGACGGAGUCAACAGUUAUCUGGUAGGUGGUGACGGGCAUGUGUUGCCGAUCACACCUGGCCAUUGGGAAGAUGUGUUUGGUUUGAGGAACAGCGGGCUUCCCGUCCCUGAAAAGGAUUCUGAUUUGCCGGCUGGAAAAGCUCUAGCGUAUGCAGUGAAGUAUGGUGAGAAAAACCCUGCAAACAACAAGACCACAGUACUGAUAUCCAACGCAACUCGCGUGUUGUUAGGUCCCUUGGACAAGCUCGGCAACUUAGUGCCGCUCGCAAAUCAACGUCAAAGGACUGAGUUCAUGGAGAACUUCAUGAUUGUGCUAAUGGGACAGAUUCUUUGUCCUUCUACUGAUGGUGCAAACAUGUCGACGAAACUGCUAGGUGCUGUAUGUGUUGCAAAGGACGCAGAUCAGUAUAACUGGUGUGAGUUUUGUCACAAAUGGCUGCUAGACUACGCGAUCACAUGCCAGCGGAAGCUAGAAGUUCAGGGUUAUGCGGCUGGGACUGGUGGUUGUGUUUUGUUUUUGUUGGUUUUUUAUCUAGAUCGUUUAUGUCGGCUUCCUGUCCGUUGGGACGAGUUCCCCAGACUAAAAGUCUGGACUGAGGAGGAAGUGGAGAAGGUGAAACUUCAUGAUAGGAAGCCUACUGAAGACUAUGGGAGGUUAUCGACGGUUGAUGUUGUUUACCGGGAGCCCCAUCCUCUAUUUGGAGAAAGAAGGCCAUUGGCAGAAGAGGUUGCUGAUCUGGUUAUGGAAAGGAUGGCCCCCUUACUGCAAGACCUCCGUGCCGUGAUACGAGAACAAGUAAUCAUACGCAGGCUGGGGGCAAAGGAAAGUGUUGCUGAAAAAGAUCCCUCCCCUGGUGUUGCUGAAAAAGAUCCCUCCCCUGGUGUUGCUGAAAAAGAUCCCUCCCCUGCUAGCAGUUCCCAUCGCCAAAUCAGCGAUAAUGCUUAUAUUAACGUGGAUGGUGAGCCAAUGGCGGUGGAUAAGUCGGUCAACAAGGUCCUGAGUGAGUUAGAUGUCAUUGUACUGGAGGAGGAUGAAACAGACAAUGUGCAACACACAGUGGAACAACCAUUGGGAGGUGAAGAAAAUGUGUUUGUGAAUUACCAGUCCUUGCCUGUGGAGCAGCCCGUGUUUGAGUUUCUGCAUGUUCCAGCAGUGGUGGCCGUGCAGAAUGAGCCUAUGGAGGAGGCAGAGCAAGUGCAGCAGGCCCCCCCACAACAAGUGGUUGAGCUAGUGCAGCACUUGGAGGCCAUGCAGAAUGAGCCUAUGGAGGCACUGCCGCAACACGAGCCACAACAAGAGCCACGUCAUGAGCCUGUCCAGCAAGGUCAUACCGAGGGAGACCAAGGCGGACCACAAGAAGAAGGGCCAGUGGUGCCUGUUGUGCAGCAAGAGGCAGACCCCCAGGGCCCAGUAGAAGAGCCACCACAACAUGAUUUUGUGGAGCCACAAAAUGAUGUUUUGGAGGACCCCGAAAACGAAGAUGAAGAAGAUGAAGAGGAAGGUGAUGAAGAAGAUGGCGAGGAAGGUGAUGAAGAAGAUGGCGAGGAAGAUGAUGAAGAAGAUGGCGAGGAAGGUGACGAAGAUGAAGAAGAUGUUGGUAAUACCGCGGAUCAAGAUAAACCUGGUGAUGAUGAUGAUGAGAACCAAGGAGCAAAUGGUGGUACAACGGGUCCGGUUGCGGGUGAAGCUGAAGGUGCAGAUAAUGCAGAGGGUCCGGGUGCCGAUGGGACCGAGAAUACAAGGGGUGGGGGUGAAGGUUUGGACCAUGGUGCUGUUCAUGGUUCCAAUCCUGAAGAUUUUGAUGGUGCUGAACCAGGUGGUGAUGGUCAGGUGAGAACAAGAAUAAAGGCAGCAAGGCCUAAACCUAGUCCCAAACCCCGCACUGCGACAAAGAGAUCCCGUAAGCCUAGUGAGAAGGCAAUAGCAAUGAGAACAGCUCGUCAACGACCAGGUAUUAGAAUGACGAAGGCAGACAGUUCUAUUUUGAAGUACGUAGAGGCUUACGACACCAAAAAGAAAGCAGGAGGGGCUAUGUUGAUUGAAUGUGAUGGGAACGACGCAAACCAGCAGAUGUGUUACUCGGUUGUUCACCCCAGGUCCUAUGUGAAUUCCCAGUAUGUUCGUACAAUUGCAUAUCUCUACAACCGGGAGUGGGCUAGUGAAUUUCCAAAGAGUUGUCGCAGACUUAUGCUUGACUCUAUGUUUGCACAUCAAAAGCUAAAGACGAAAGAAACAUAUGCUGGGUUGUUCAAGAAGUGGUCGCAACCACUUAGGAAGGUGGUCUCCUCGGAUAUUUCUGUGGUUUUUGUUCCAGUUGUCGAAAACGAACACUGGUGGUGUGUUGCUUUUGCACUCAAAGACCAGAAGAUAUGGUUCAUUGACAACAUGUAUAAAAAUCCCGCUGCAGAGCAUUCUGCGGAAUUAAAGAAAUUGAUACCUGCCGUUGACUACGUCUUACUGGAGACUGACAAGGAGUUUAACGCAUCCCCGGCAUGGCAGACUAAGCAAAUGGGGAAAUGGCCCCUGGAUGUUGUUGGUUUUCCUGAUUAUAAUGACAAUCAUGCAUGCGGGGUUGUGAUGCUUAUGGCGAUCCGGGAGACUGCUAAUGCUUUCAAAAAGUCAAUGCAUGUGGGGGAGAUAGGCGCUGCCCGGAAGGCUCUGUUCUUGUCCCAUUUGAAUUCAGACUACAACUCUUGCCGUCCAUUGAUACCGGAGAUAAUUGCUACCCAUUGCCGUUGAUUUAUAAUAGUCUAGUGUCAUGAACUUAUGUUUAUUUUAGUUCGAGUGUUUAAUCAUCAACUUUGUUUAUCGGUUGCGUAUGAACUAUACCGUGCUUUUGUUGUUUGGUGACCAAUACUUCCCUUACACUAUGCAUUUUGGUUAAAGGGGAUGGAAUACUUUGUAGUUUUGGCACCAAUAUAUGUGUGUAAUAUUUUAACGACAUUGUUCUAUAUUGCAAUGUCGUCAAGUUCUACAAGUUGAUCCCUUUAAAUGUUGGUUUAGUCAAAUUUCUUAUGAUUUGUUACCCCCAACACU